CUGAGCACCACAUCCAAAUGGUUUUUGAAAAGAAAUUAGCAUGCAGUUUUAAAAUACCUCUCUUCAGAAUCCAACUUUUGAAAUCAGUUUUCAUGGCAGGAGAUAGUUAGCAGUUCAAGGCUAUGGAGAUGGUUUUGUUUAAUAUUAUUUUACAGUCGCAGACCACUAAUCCAUGAAAGCAGCAGAAUAACUGGUAGUUUCUCCCACAUCAUGAAUGCAAGUGAAUCCACUUAGAGCUUCAGUUGAAAGUCUGAUUGCAAUACUGCAGAUUGCCAUCACUAUGUAGAUGCAUGUAAGUAUAGUAAAACAAAGAUAAAAAUAGAAAUUUGUCUUAAGAUCUCAAAGAGAUUUACCCACGUUCAGUUCUAAACCACAGCUGAAACACAACCAGAUUUUCAUUUGUUUGUUAGUAUUGGAGACAUAAUUUCAUUAGCCACAGCAGCCAUCUGCCACUUAGCCCUGUAGAUGUCUAUGUUGUAGAAUCUACAUAACCAUGGUAUGUGCUGUGGGGGUGGGAGGUAGGACUUAUGCCAUUUGCUAAGACUUCCUGAAGGUUUUUGAAGUUAACUGCUGCCAGGAUUAUCUGUGGUUUGAAUCAGUCUGUUGGUAUUAGUUUAUUCAGAGCUCACAAAAGACAGCAGUGAAUGGAUUGGCUCCCAUCAUGUCCAUAUGUGGUCUCACAAGAAAUCCUACUUAUGCAUAUCUCCAAAUCUGUCCAAAAGCACGUAUCAAAUUACCUAUUAUGGUACCUAUUUUUGCACUGGAACCGAAAGGCAAAGGAUGAAGGUAAAUGCACUACAUCAAGGCAAAUAAAACAGUAGAGAAUAGAUGCCCUUCUAAUUCCAAAAUAAAAACCCCAAUUUUGUUCCUCUGUAUGACUGCCUGCCUUGCUGUGAUUUAAUAGCCAAUUAUUUUUAUUUACCAGAUGAACAGACAAUAUGAUUACUGUUUGUUAAUCAGUAAAACAGGAAAAAACAGCAAAAGGAAAACUUAUUUCAGAGUGUUUACUGACUUAGCAGUUUAACAGUCUUAUCUCCCUUCCUCAGCUGUUUUCUCAGUCAGCAGUAGUUAAAUUUUCCAGCAAGCCCUACAUGAAAGAAAAUGUAAAGGGUGAUUACGGAUUUCCAGUCAGUGACCUCACCUUUGAGUGGGACAGUCAACACAUUUGAGGCUUCUACGAAGCAGUGCAGUGACAGCUGAAGUUUCUUUCAAAAAGUCAUCUGAAAGGCAAUCUCAGACGGGGUCUGGCAGUAUCCAGUAUCUUAAUUCUUCUCAGCACAGAAGACAAAUCACCUCAAAUAUCUCAGUCUUCUGAGUUUGUGACAAUGGCAGCUUAUUUCGGAGUUACCUCAGCGGUGUUAUCAGUCUGGAUUAUGACAUUCAUGGCUCAAAAUUGCUUUAUAACAGGUUCCACGCUUUCAUCUUGCAGGAUCACAGGUGUAGGACUUUAUCUUGACAAGAAAGUGAAUUUUUCAGAAGCAAGUAAUGUGUGCAGUCAACUGAAUCUACAACUGGCAAGUAAAGAGCAGGUUGAGAAAGCUUUGAAAAAUGGCUUUGAAACAUGCAGUUCUGGAUGGAUAGAAGAUGGAUUCGUUGCCAUUCCUCGUAUAACAUCCAAUAAGAAAUGUGGUCAGGGCAAUGUUGGAGUAGUGAACUGGCGUGCUAAUCAAGCUGCUAAGUUUGCAGUUUACUGCUUCAAUUCUUCAGAUGUUCAAAUUAAUUCAUGUAAACCAGAUCCAACUACAACCAUACUACCAUCAUCAAGUGUACCAACAGAAUUAACUGCGUAUUCAGGUUCAGAUUUGACUGGGAACACCACGGCAGUGCCCACUGCAACUGAACCAGAGCAAACCCUGAAAAACGUGAAAUUUCGGAUAAUAUGUGUAACUGAAACUAUAUUACCAACAGAGGGGACUACUACAGCAAUGCCAGAGGAAUACCACACUAACCCUGCUGCAUUUAGGAAUGAUGGUGUUGUCUUUGGAGGUAUCCCCACUGCACUCCUUGUACUGGCAAUCAUCUUCUUCAUUAUUUCAGUUCUUCUAGCAGUCUGCUACAUCAAAAAGUACAAGAAAUCCUUCCCAUUUUCAAACAAGAACCAGAAAAAAGUGGUUGAAACUACGGCUCUCAAAGAGACUGCAUCAAAUGACAAAACAUUCGAGAAGGAAACAAAGAAUAAUGAAAAAAAGGUAGAAGAGGCCAAAGCCAAGCCUGAAACCACAGUAAAAAGUCUGGAAGUGGAAGUUUAAGGUCAGCAGAAGAGGAGAAACAUACAGUUCUUUUUAGAAAUAUAUAAAACAAAGCACGUAACUUAGCAAUGCUUUUAAAUGCAGGUGACUGUAAAUACUCAUGAAUGAUUUUUUUCUUAUCUUAACAUAUGAAAACAUUGUUUUUUAAAUAAUUACAUCUCCAGCUAUAAAUGCUCUUGCAAAAGAAUAUGGUAUCUUACUAGAAAUAAAUAAAACAUCCAUAUUACAGUUCACUUCUUAAUAAAGAAGUACAUCAAAAUUUGCUGUUCAUGACACGCAGUGUGUGACUAUUUGCAUGAAAUUCACAUCGAUAUGUAAUGAAAAAUUCCUUUAUAUCUGUAUGGGUGAAUCUGCUAACUUAAUGUCUAAAAUAAAACAAUACUAGGUUAUAAAUAAAACAAUAGUAGGUUGAUUUAUUUCCGUUAAGUAGUUACACACUGUUUUUAAAAAGUCUGUUUACAAACAGAAUAAGUCUGUUUACAAGUAAAAAAUCAAGAUUGGCCCACUGUCAUUCCAAUACCAAAAGAAGGGUACAAAGAUGCUGAUCUUCAUCAGCAUCCUUGAACAACUUUCUAAGGUAUCCCCAUCAUAUCAUUCACUGUUUUAUUUAUUAAAAUCUGUAUCAUUCUUUUGCAUCAGAUAUUUGACAGGGAAAAAGAACCUUGAACUGUAUUACAACGGUUAUAUUUAAGGUCUUUGUGUGUAUUUAAGUGCGGCCUUCCAAAUAAAGGCUUCAAGUGGUAUAAGGCAUUUAGAGUACUUCAUAAAGCAAGGAAUUUGGUAGAAAUGUUUGUCUAGACCAUUUAUUCUCAUGAAAACGGUCUUAUAAGAGAAAGAUCUCGUAUAACCUCAAUGUUGCAGAAGUAAUUAGUGGGUAUGAAUGGGAGAAAAAAACCACUACCAGCAAUUUACCAAAUAUUUUAUUGAAUACAUGGUUUAGAUAACUCUUAUAUUUGAAGUUAUUAUGGCAAAAAAGGGUUUUCUUUAGAUCAAGUAGUUGAAAAAGUCUUAAAUAGAAUAGUAAUAGAACUGCUCACAUGCUGUUUUCUACAGUGUAGAAUAUCUGGCUAUGACCUUUCAUGUUUUAGAUUCACAGAAAUCUAACAUUUGCCCAAGUAUGUUAUAUAUUCCACUAGACAAACAGUUGUAGGGCAUUGCUAACAGCCUACUUCGAGGAGCCACCUGUUCUUCGUUUGUUGUUUUUGAUAGCAGAGACAUUUUAUAGACACAGGAGUCUGGGCUGGGUUGAUACACAGCCCACCACUUCUGCAGAAGGACUGUGAUCCCACACAGCUCCACAAACCACUAAUUUAAACCACCCACAGAACUUCAGCAGAGAAAAUUUUCAACAGAGAACAGAGGAAAGCACUGCAUACAGCCCUCCUUGCUCAGUUAAGUAGUUCCUCUCCUUGCCAAGUGCUGCAGGAAUGCAGUGCAUCUCUGCUUGCACACAUAAUGAAAGCACGCUAUGCCGUGUAAGCAGUGAGUAGCAAGCAGGAAUAAUGCCAUCAGGAAAUCCACGGCCAUCACUUGUCAGAAGGGUGUCACAAAAGUAUAUGGGCUUAAACACACAGGCAGUGGAUACAAGGUAAUUCUGGGCUUUUUCGUGACGUAUUACAGUUGCCCUUUAACAACUGUCUUUUCCAGUUUUUAGAGAUAAGAAAUUACCCGCUUCUCUUUUCCUCAUCAGCAAGUGGUAAUUAUCGAUUUUUGCUGCUGCUGUCAUUUUUAUUUUAAAUCUGCUUUUGUCGGUAGAAUUAAGAAGUUGCCCUACUACGUAAGCAUCUCUUUUACCUCCAAAACUCACACAGCGUUCAUGCCGACCUGCACACUGAUGUCUGGCCGUGUGUACGGGUUGCUUCACCCUGGUUUACAGCUCUCCUGGAGCGCUCAGUGCCGUGCACACACCCUGCCUUGGGGCCUGAUCAGAGCAGCGAGGAACCUGCUUCCACCUGCACUUCUGGUAACAUCACAAAGGCUAAAAUGAAGCUGCUACGCAAUACAAGCCAGGUACAAAUAGCAAAUCAGUGAGUGUUGAUGUUGUCUGUACAGAACGAGCACGGCUCCGUUACGUUUGGAUGUUUGGAUGAGUAUAAAACGUUCCUGCUCACGAUUUAAUGGAGUUGCGAGGCACCACUACAAAGCAAACACCGAACUUCCAGACAAGACGUCAAGCAGCCCCAGCCCUCAACCGGCACUCCGAGAAACUUAGGAGAGAUUCUAGAAAGGACGUUUCUGCCUCUUGUCAAACGCCUUUCCUUUUUAACCGCUCUCAGCGCCGCAAAGCGCUCCCGUACGGCUGAUUCGCCGCACCCGUCCGCUGGCGGCGGCCCCGUCCCGCUUCCCGCACGCGGCACAGCUGCUCGCUGACCCCCGGCUCCGCAGGAAGCGCCGCGGGUUCCCGGCCCAGCCCAGGCGGUGCCCGGACACCGGGCUGCCGCGGCGUGGGAAGCGCGCGACUCAAGUGUGCAGGAAGGGGAAGCGGGGGAAGCAGCGCUCCUUUUCUCCGCUCUGAAUGGCGGACGGAACGCGACUUCGGGAAUUACAACCCGAAGCAUUGGGAUGCAGGUGACCUCUAGGGGCUGCGCUCGGGCUUCUGUCCCUCAGCGCCUUAUCGCUGACGGCCGUGGCUGGUUUCCCCGGUUUCCUCGCUCACAGGG